UCUUCAUCUGGAAGCUGGAUAAAUUAUAACUCUGAUUCAGGAAUAUUCACUUGAGAUCUGAACCGUUCCUCAUCCGUGCCCUGAUUUGCAUUAGGGUUAGGAGUGGGGAUGGCGUCUGGCUCUGAGCCCUUGCCGGUGGAUGGGCUGAUUUUCCGCCUCGAAAGGCAAAUAGAGGGAGUCCUGACGCAAAUAUGUGAGGCUGAGGAGCAGCUGAAGGCAACAAAUGAUGCUGAGGAGAAGCGGUACUGGCGGAGAAGGGAGGAUCAGCUGAGGCAAAACGAGAGCCAGCUGAGGCAAAAGGAGAGCCAGCUGAGGGAAGAAAAGCUUAUCUUACUCAAGGCGCCUGCCACUGCCACUGAUUCUGAUGUGCAAGCUAUCUUGGACCAAGUAUGGAAUAAGAUACAUAGAGCAGAUCGACAACUUCCUAAGCCAAGUCAUUUUAAGGCCAGUUAUCCAGACGUUUGCAAAGGGACGGUUCCUCAAGCUCCUGGCAGUCGCAAACCUUGCCUUCUCUGGCAUUGCCUCGAGGAGCCUUUUCGGGCCUCCAAAUACAUUCUGGAUCAAGUGGAUAUAGCCCGUCCUGGCCUGGUGGUCCUUUUCGAUGUUUCUGGCUCUGGAAAGACUCGAACACUAUAUGAGAUUGCAGUCGACCGUUUGGCUCUGUAUUUUGUUGGUGUUCCUAUGGGACGGAUUGGAUCGGAGGGCUCUGCAGACUUGGAUGCGCUGGUUAGUCGGCUAAUGGUUCUGUAUCCAGGAAACCAGUCAAUUCCGAUGCGCGUGACGCGGUGCUGCUUCAAAGCUGUUCUUCUCAGCAGAUUCUUCAUCUUAGACAAGUUGAAGGAGGUAGCAGGAAGCAUGCCACCUCAGGUUUGGGCCAAGUACUGGUUGUUUAAGCAGGUUGGAUUUGCGUUACUACCCUUCAAGAAUGACCCGUUCUACGUUCUAAGUGAUAGACUACUCGAGUUAGUAUCCAGUGACACUGGGAUCGAAGAGGUAUUUGAUCGUUUGAUCGAGACACACAAGAGGGACUGGAGUGGGCCGAUUAUACUCGACGAAUGCCAGGUGGUGCAGGACACCUUGGUGAAUAGGUUUGAUUCACCUACAGCUGGGUCAAGAACAAGAUCUCUAUUGGAUGUGUUUGUGCCGGUGUUGGUCGAUGCUGGGUUUCGCACAAGCACGUUCUACUAUUCUGGUACAGGAGGAAGUAUGGUUUCUGUUGCACGCAAUAUUUCUGCUACACUCAAACAGAGAUUUUCAGUUGCAGUGUUCUGUCACUUUGGGGGAUUUUAUGAGGAGGCCGACCUGAAGGAUUAUGCUAGUCGGAUCCUUGAAGAUACAUCACAGGUGGAUUUUCACAGGGUCUUCCAGCUAUACAAGGGGCGGUAUAGGUUUUUCGUUUCAGCAUUAGAAUCGUUUAUCUCUGAAAAGCUACCGCUCAGCAACGCAACUGCUUACUUCGUUGAAUACGCCAAAGAGGUUUCUACUACAGAGUACAGGCCAAUGGCAGUUAACACUUUGGGACGGAGUUCGCCCUUUCUUGACAGAACAGUCUACACAAGUGUAAAAGACUUUUUUCGGAAGCAUCCCCUGGCUCUCGAAAAACUGAGUCUUAUACUCUUCCAUCAGUUCUAUGGAUUGAAUGCUACGUAUGUUGCUGUCAAGAACCCCAGCUUGAGUUUAAUUCAAUACGGACUAGCGAGGUUGGAUGGCCGUCGGACGCUUGAAAUGCAAGAUUUGGAUUCUUGGAAGGACGAGUCAGACACAGCGAACGUUCUAUUGCGUAUUGAGGAGCCUCUGGUUCUCCAUUCUUUGUGGCACUAUUUAACUGUCGGCGAACCAGCAGGCCUAUCGAGUAUAGCGGAUACUGCUUAUUGUUAUAACGCCCAGUCAAGUAGCAGCGGAGUUGGGCACGGAUACGAAAUGAUUGCAGUGGAGAUGAUUGCAAACGCAAUGGACGGGAUGCAACCUGCAAAUUUGAUCUCUAGGUUUCUUCAAGAUGGUGUGUACACGGUCACUUCACAUGAGUUAGAGAUUCCAGAAAUCUACACUAGAAGAGCGAAGCUUGUGAAACCAAGGAUCCACAGUGAACAAGUGGCGCAGAUGAGACACGAGCAUAGUAAAGGCUCAGAUGUGUAUGAUGUCAACGCAUCAAGAUAUACUCUGCAGGAGUACAUCAAUGCUGUCAAGGAGAGGGACAUUUUCCCAUCCGUUUUAUGGACAGGAGAAUCCGGAUUUGGGCCAGACGCCUUGUUUUUUCUAGACAUGUCGGAGGGAGAUGGAGGUGGUCAAGGACAAGUCUCAGAGACUGACACUGCUUGCUCCACCUCGCAGCAGCAACACCCGAUGAUCCUUGUUCCCGUUCUUGUGCAAGUUAAGACAAGUAAGGCGCUUUACCAGGGUGAAGUCAAUAAUGCUUUUUAUACCUUGGAUCUGAACAAGCUUUUCCAACACAAGAGUACACCGACCCCAACUGAAGUUACUGGUGCUGACUCUCUUCGAGAGUUAGCUCGUAAUGGGUGCAUUAAACUCUUGGUUUCUACAGAUGUUAAUCUGAAGAAGCAGUUAGGUAACCUUUAUUUGAGGGAGGAAGCGUGCAGCAGUCGAGCUUCUAUUAGAAGAGGUGAAAAGAAAAUGAAAGUGGAUCUUGGCACAAAGGCUUUGCUUGGUGUUAUCGAUAAAGAUAACAUCUUGGCUUUCGUUGAUUCAUGGUUGGUGGAGGCUACGUUUGUUCAUAAAGAUGCUAUUUGACUAAAGAUUAAAAGUUAAAUAUAAACUACAAUAUAAAUGUAUUUCAUUCUUA